UACUUCAGCGCGCCCGCGGUCACGGCGGGUUCACUCGCUGCACGAUGGCGGAGGGAGGCGGACCCGAGUCUGGUAACGCUUCGGACCCUGACGAGAAGCCGGUGAUCGCACAGACACCAGUACCGUCCACGGAAAGUCAAAAGCAGAGCAUCGGUACCCUACUAAAGAGGCCUCUUCGAAAGGGAGAUGAGUGGUAUUUGAUUGACAGCCGGUGGUUCAAACAGUGGAAGAAAUAUGUGGGCUUUGACAGCUGGGAUUUGUACAAUGUUGGAGAGCACAAUCUGUACCCGGGACCCAUUGACAACUCUGGACUCUUUUCAGAUCACAAGUCCCAGACAUUGAAAGAGCAUCUCAUAGAUGAGUUAGACUAUGUUUUAGUUCCUACAGAGGCCUGGAAUAAGCUGGUCAGCUGGUACGGCUGUCUGGAGGGUCAAAAACCCAUCAUCAGAAAGGUUGUUGAACAUGGAAUGUUUGUGAAGCACUGUAAAGUGGAAGUGUAUUUGCUUGAGUUGAACCUGUGCGAUAAUGACAACAUCGACAAAGUUGUUACCCGCCAUUUCAGCAAAGCUGACACUAUAGAUACUAUUGAAAAGGAAAUGAGGUCUUUAUUCGAUAUCCCAUCUGAAAAGGAAACUCGACUUUGGAAUAAAUAUAUGAGUAACACUUACGAACAACUUAACAAGCUUGACAGUACCGUACAGGACGCAGGGCUUUUUCAGGGCCAGGUUCUUGUUAUAGAGAAGAAGAAUGAGGAUGGCACAUGGCCCAGACAGACCUGCCUUUCCAAGUCCAGUACUUCCACCUCUCGGAAUUUUACAACCUCCCCAAAACUCUCUUCUAACUCAUCUGCUACCAUAUCCUCCACAAUAACAAAUGGGGAUACCAAUAGCAACUCUGGCUACAUGCUGAACAACAGUACUUCUGGUAACAGACUGGGAAGUUACAACUCCUACAGCUCCUCUUACAGUUACAGAGAAUCGUCCGCUCAGGAAGGCCUCUGCGGUCUGAGCAACCUGGGCAACACCUGCUUCAUGAACUCUGCUCUCCAGUGCCUGAGCAACACUCCCCCUCUAACGGAAUAUUUCUUGGAAGACCAAUACGAAGCUGAGAUCAACAGGGAAAAUCCAUUAGGGAUGCGAGGGGAGAUUGCAGAGGCCUAUGCGGAUCUGGUCAAACAGAUGUGGCUUAGUCGAAGCAGUUAUGUGGCGCCACGCACUUUUAAAACCCAGGUGGGUCGGUUUGCCCCGCAGUUCUCAGGGUACCAGCAACAAGACUCUCAGGAGCUGUUGGCCUUUCUCCUGGACGGCCUACAUGAGGACCUUAACCGUGUUAAGAAGAAGCCUUAUCUGGCCCUGAGAGAUGCUGAGGGACGGCCUGAUGAGAUUGUAGCCAAUGAAGCAUGGGCGAAUCACCGGUUGCGGAACGAUUCUGUAAUCGUGGACAUCUUCCAUGGCUUGUUCAAAUCUACACUGGUUUGUCCAGAAUGCUCCAAAGUUUCGGUUACCUUUGACCCCUUCUGCUACCUCACACUGCCCCUGCCCAUGAAAAAGGAUCGCACUAUGGAGGUGUUCCUGGUCCACACUGACCCGCAGUUUAGACCCAUGCAAUAUCGUGUAGUUGUUCCCAAAAUGGGUGUAGUUGCAGACCUGUGCAGCGCUUUGGCCAAGCUAUCUGGAGUUUCUUCAGAGAAUAUGGUUGUGGCAGAUGUUUACAAUCACAGAUUCCACAAAAUCUACAAACGGGAUGACGGUCUCAAUCACAUCUUGGAGAAGGAUGACAUUUUUGUUUAUGAAGUGUUAGAGGAAGAUAGUGAGAAGAUGAACCUUCCAGUCUACUUCAGAGAGAGGCAUUCUAAGCACAGCGGAGGCUCUUCGGGCACAAUGCUCUUCGGCCAGCCUCUCCUCAUCACUGUCCAGCGCCACAACCUUACCGUGGAUACCCUCUAUGAGCGUGUGCUGGAGAGGAUCGGGCGUUAUGUUAAACGUUCACAGGGUACCAUUACUGAUAGUAGAGCAUCUGCCUCGGCCACUUCCUCUAGCAGCAGCCAAUCACCAGAAUGCCUAGCUUCAGUUUCCAGUCAUAUCACUGGCCUGAGCGACUGCAGCAGCCCAGUUUCAGAUGGAGCUUCCUGCAGCGCUGGAUCCAAUGACAGCAACCACUCUGGAAACUGCAACGGCCCCAAUGGAAUUUGUGAUGGUGAUGAGGAAGCCAUGGAUCACCAGGAGAGUCCAGAACCAGAGAACAGCCAUUCAGACACUGUGGAUGGAGAGGAGGAUUCAGAACCAGAGAAUGGGCCCAAUAGCAGUGCUGGAAAAUCUUUUACUUCUCGGCCAAAACUCUUUUCUUUCAGCAUGGUCAACUCCUACGGCACAGCAAACAUUAGUUCUGUCCCAUUUGAUGGCAAUCUCCUAAAGCUCACAACUCACUCUACAGUAGCCAUUGAUUGGGACUCGGACACAAAGAAGUUGUGCUACGAUGACCAGGAGGCUGAGGCCUAUGACAAACAUGAGAGCAUGCUACAUGCUCAGAAGAAGAAGACUACAGUAGCUUUACGAGAAUGCAUUGAGCUCUUUACUACAAUGGAGACCCUAGGAGAACACGACCCCUGGUACUGCCCCACAUGUAAGAAACACCAGCAGGCCACAAAGAAGUUUGACCUAUGGUCUCUCCCACGAAUUCUGGUCGUGCAUCUGAAGCGCUUCUCAUACAACCGCUGCUGGAGAGACAAGCUCGACACAGUCGUAGACUUUCCAAUUAGAGACUUGAACAUGUCUGAGUUUGUUUGUGACCCCAAAGCUGACCCAUAUGUCUAUGACCUGAUUGCCGUUUCCAACCAUUAUGGAGGAAUGGGUGGAGGCCACUACACUGCAUACGGCAAGAACAAGAUGGAUGGAAAAUGGUAUUACUUUGACGACAGCAGUGUGUCGUCUUCAACUGAGGAUCAGAUUGUGACUAAAGCAGCCUAUGUGCUCUUUUACCAACGCAGAGAUGCAGACACGCCGUCCAAAUCCACCCCCUCCGCAUCACUAGGCGGAGCUCCAGAGACCCUGGAUGACCACAUGGACACCAACUGAGUUUCUUUAGGUCUUUCAAGGACUGGCACUGAAACAAAAACUACAUAAAGAUGAAAUCAUCAAUGCACCAAUGCACAUCCCUGGCUACUUCAGUGACUAUUAAAGGCUCACCAACAGGCCCUUUGUUUUUAGCUUUAUUUAAAUGUUUUCUUUCACACAUGCUUCUUUAUCAAGAGCCAAAAAAAAUGAAUAUUAAUAAUAAAGAGAAUUUUAGUUUGAA